GACACAGUCAGUACAGUGGUAUCACCAGCAGACAAACACCAUGGCUUGCAAAAUUGCCUUCUUCUCCGCCGCCAUCUUCCUACUCCUGGCGCUCGCACUCGCAGCACCAGCCGAAGAGAAGCCAGUAGAAACCUUCAAAGCAGAAGAAAAGGACGACCUCGCAACCGCUGACAAAGACGACCUUAAAACUGCAGCGUCCCAUUGGGGUGGGCAUUGGGGAGGCUACGGGGGCCACUACGGAGGCCACUACGGCUACUACCCCUCCUACGGCUACGGCUACGGCUGGGGCUGGCCUAGCUACGGCUACGGCUACUGGCCUUAUGGUGGCUACUACGGACACCAUGGCUACGGCGGUUGGUGGUAGGUUAUUUUAAAUAGGACGACAAUAAAGCCAGUAUUGAUUUUAAGUACAUACGGAAAUACGAGUAGUAAGAUAUUUCAGUGUUUUUCUGACAGUUUCUGACCAUGAUGACAUUAGAAGCAUGAUUCCAGUGAGAGAUGGAUGGACACCAAUAUAUAGAUCUAUCUCUUUUUAAUGUAGAACUACUUCAGCAGACCUUAGUUCGACAAUAUUUGUGGUACUCGCACUACGAUUUAUUCAUUCAAACAUCUUGUACACUAGAUAGAUUAUUUAGACACCGAAUUUGUUGUGUAUCGUGUGUAGGCAACCUCAUGACUUGCCGGUUAAUGUAUAUUACACUUAAGUUAAGUUAUUUUUAAUUGACACUUUGUGAUUUUUUCUAUAGAUGUACUGCAUAUUCAUACGUAUAUAUUAAACACAUUUGGGACAAGAAAAUCUUGACUUAAAAAACCUACUUUCUCAACAGGUCUUAACAGGACCUAUUAUAAUAAACUUACCUAUUAAAGGUGAGUAAGACAUUAAAGUUUCAUAUCAAUAAUAUCUGUGAUAAGAUCGUUAGAAGUACAAUCACAAUGAAUAUGUAAUGGGAAUUCAAAAUUCGGCACUUUACAUGCGUGACACAAAUGUACAAACACAUUUAUACACAGUUACAUACAAAUACUACUUAUACAUGUAAACAGUUAGCUUAUUUGGGUAUUCCGAUAGUGAUUUUCGUUGGCAUGGCAACGAUUUUUUUAACCUAUUGUUACAAUUGUUUGCAAAUUUUGUCAAUGUCCUUAUAAUUCACGUGUGCAAAAACAUGCUUCAAACUUAAUUUGUAAGAAAAGUUGUUUGUAAAGAAACUUUCGCAAGUGUAUCCUAGGAUUAAUAUAUAUAAGAUAUUGUAUCACUGCCGUAAAAUGUAUUGUAAUGUAUAAAUAGUUUUAAUAAUAUGCAAUAUAUUUAUUAAAUUAUGAUUGAAUGAAUUAA